AUUGGCACUUGGCGCGAAGAUUGUGACUGUGAGACAUAUACAUGCAGAGUGAGCAGCGAGAGAGGGAGUGAAACGGAGAAAUAGCGCGCAUUGAUCUGCGAUUUAGGGUUUUGGUUUUCCCCGAUACGAUAUCUCAAGGUGAGUGAACGAGUGCGUAAUCCAUUGAUUUCAUCUCAAUUAUCACAUUUUUUUGGAUUCAGUUUUCUUCUUUGAGUUGCAACUACGCAGUUGAAUUUGAAGCCCUCUCUAAAGCUGAAAUUUCAUCUCGUAAAUGAUGAUAACGACGACGAACAUUGUGUGUGAGAUAGAAGUGUUUUUGUUAUUUGCAGGGAGCGAGUGUGAGGAAUUUAGAGAGAGAGUGGGGGUGAGAGAUUCCAGAAGAAGAGUUCGAGAGUUUUUUUUCCUAUUUAUUUUUCAAGUUUUAGGGUUUUCACUCUUUGCAGCUUUAGAUUGCGUUUCAUUGAGCUUAAUUGAAUUUUUUCAUGGAGCAACGAAAGCUUGUGGUUAUGAGUAUCCCAUGGGACGUUGAUACUGAGGGCUUGAAAGAAUAUAUGAGCAAAUUUGGUGAGCUAGAAGAUUGUUUUGUUAUAAAGGAUCGGUCGAGUGGCCGGUCUCGCGGUUUUGGAUAUGUUACAUUUACAUCAGUAGAUGAUGCUAAGAAAGUGCUAUCCAGUGAACACAGUCUUGGCAACAGAAUGCUGGAAGUCAAAGUGGCCACACCAAAGGAGGAGAUGAGGGCACUAGUCAAAAAGGUUGCCAGAAUCUUUGUGGGAAGGAUUGCCCCAUCAGUAACAGAAGCAACUUUUAGGAGUCAUUUUGAGAAAUACGGUGAUAUAACAGAUUUAUAUAUGCCAAAGGAUCUAGGAUCAAAAACACAUCGAGGAAUUGGUUUUAUCACUUUUGCAAGUGCAGAUUCUGUUGAGAACUUGAUGAAAGAAACCCAUGAACUGGGAGGUUCUGAUGUGGUGAUUGAUCAAGCAACACCUAAGGAAGAUGAUUUCAAGCCAAUUGGCAGAACCAGAACGUCACAAGGAGGACAUAGUGCAUAUAAUAAUGCUUAUAUUUCUGCACCAACUAGAUAUGCAGCACUUGCUGCUCCAACUAUGUAUGAUCGUCCCAGUUCAAUUUAUGGAAGGCGAGAACCUGUUCGUGGAAUGAGCAAAAAGAUUUUUGUUGGCCGUCUUCCCCAGGAGGCAACCACUCAGGAUCUUCGCCUGUAUUUUGAAAGAUUUGGCCAUAUAUUGGAUGUUUAUAUUCCUAGGCAUGUCAAGAAAUCUGGUCAUAGAGGCUUUGGUUUUGUGACUUUUGCGGACUAUGGUGUUGCAGAUUGUGUCUCUCGAAGAUCUCAUGAAAUUUGUGGGCGUCAGGUUGUCAUAGGUUCACCCGCACCUCUUGAUGACACAGGGCCUAGUGGUAAUUCUAUGGUGAAUAAUAGUAUGUAUUCUUACAGGCGAUAUGGUGCUCCUGUGAGGCCAUAUUUUGAUCGAAGUUCUGGGAGGCCGUAUGUGAGGAUGUACGAUAACCGGGACUUCGACAAUAGGGGUUAUGGAGUUGCUAGUAGAAGACCAUCAAGAGCAGAUUGGAGGUAUAGACCAUACUAGGAGAGCAUGUUGCCGCAUAAGCGUUCCAAUUUUCCAAAUACUACUAUGGGUGUAUCAAGAAUGGUUUUAAAGUAUCAUCAACACUUAGAGUUGCAUUUUACUUGAUGCACAAAAUUAGAUGAAUUCUUUUUUGGCCCAUGGAACACUAAGCUUGUAUUCACUUGCAGUCUAUAUGAUUAAAUUGUAAAUCUUCAAAGACAUUUUUUAGGUUAUAUGAAAAUUCUUGGUCUUUUUGCAA